UCCAGAGCCAGAGCGGGGAGAUGCGCGCAUUGGAGGCACAGCAGCAGCACAGAAAUGCGCACAGCUCCGAGCCACAGUCGGCGUUAGCCCCGCCGCCCCUCCAGCAGCUCCGACCGGCGCGUCGCUGCGGUGCUUUCGGGAGGAAAUGGGCAACUUUGGCGCACUUUGCAUGAGGUGGAGGACGCCCGGCGCUGAUGCGAGAGCCGUGCUGCCGAGCGGCUGAACCGGGAGCACAAUAACAGACUUGAGAGGGAGAAAGAAGGAGGUGGUGGUGGAAAGGAAAGAAGGGGGUCCUGAUUUCGGUGCAUCUCCGUUCCCACUUUGGCCGUGAGAGAUGAUCACGGAGCUGGUGUGCACCGCCGUGGCCGUGGCUCUCUAUCUGAACACGCUGGAUGCAGAUUUCUGCUAUGAUGACAGUCGAGCCAUUAAGACGAACCAGGACCUCCUGAGCGAGAGUCCUUGGACCAACAUCCUGUACGACGACUUCUGGGGAACCCAGCUGACCCACAGCGGCAGCCACAAAUCUUUCCGUCCACUCUGCACCCUCUCCUUCCGCCUCAACUACACCCUGCACGGCCUGCGACCUUUCGGCUACCACCUGCUGAACGUGGCGCUGCACGGCCUGGUCACCGCACUUGUCACGGCCCUCAGCCGCACCCUGCUGGGCGGCGGGCCGUGGUGCCUCGUGGCGGGCCUCCUUUUCGCCUCCCAUCCUGUGCACACCGAGGCGGUGGCCGGCGUGGUGGGACGGGCGGACGUCGGGGCCGCUCUGUUCUUCCUGUUGUCUCUCUUCUGCUAUGCGAGACACUGCAGACUCAGGACGGGUCUGGCUGGAGUCUUCCACAGCGGCUCGGCGGCCAGAUGCUGGGGCUGGAUGCUGUGCAGCCUGGGUUGUGCGGCUGCCAGCAUGCUGUGGAAGGAGCAGGGCGUGACGGUUCUGGCUGUGUCUGCCGUGUACGACCUCUUCAUUUUCCAGAGGCUCCAAUUUGGCCCGGCGGUUCUCCUGCUGUUAGGAAAGAGAAAGAACCUGCGAGCGUGCUUGAGUCUCAGCAUGCUGGCCUCAUGGGGAGCCUUUCUGCUAUCAGCUCGCCUCUACUGGAUGGGAAACAAGCCUCCUAACUUCUCCAACUCUGAUAACCCAGCGGCUGACUCGCCACAUUUCCUCACAAGAAUGCUGACUUUUUUCCACCUACCUGCUGCCAACGCCUGGCUGCUGCUCUGCCCAGACAAGCUCAGCUUUGAUUGGUCCAUGGAUGCGGUGCCACUGGUGAAGUCCGUAGCCGACUGGAGGAACCUUCACACAGUUGCCUUUUAUGUUGGAUUCGUCCUGCUGGGUUUGGUUGGCCUUAGAGUUCCAGCUUCCCCAGCAAAGGAGACUAACGGAAAAGACCACGUAGCAAAUGGGAAAUCAGUCACUAACGGGAACGGCUGCCACGCCUCUGACACGAAUCAUAACUCAGAACAUACCAAGAUGACCCUAAACGGGUCCGCUGGACACGCUCACUGUUCUCCACCAACAUCCCUGCCCCCCACCGAAAGCAUAGUGCUGUUUUCUUUAGGCAUGCUGACGUUGCCUUUCGUCCCGGCCACCAACCUCUUCUUCUACGUGGGUUUCGUGAUUGCAGAGCGGGUACUUUACAUCCCCAGCAUUGGCUUUUGCAUUUUGGUUGCUGCCGGCGCUCGAACGCUGUAUGUGAGACUGAGGACUAGAGGGUUCAAGGCCGUGAUGUUGUGUUUGUGUGUGGGACUUGUGUUGCUCAACGGACUCAGAACUGUUCAAAGGAACAAAGACUGGAGCAAUGAGGAGAAUCUCUACAAGUCUGGGAUUAAAGUGAACCCCGCCAAAGCCUGGGGCAACUUAGGGAAUGUUCUGAAGAACCAGGGCAAGAUGGCGGAGGCGGAGAAGGCGUACAGAAACGCUCUGCAGUACCGAGGAAACAUGGCUGACAUGCUGUAUAACCUGGGUUUGCUGCUGCAGGAGAACGAGCGUUUCUCUGAAGCGCUGCAUUAUUACAAACUCGCCAUUGGCAGCCGACCAACUCUGGCGUCGGCCUACUUAAACACAGGAAUAAUCCUGAUGAAUCGGGGAAAUCUGGAAGAAGCCAAACGGACCUUCCUCACUUGUGCCGACAUCCCGGAUGAAAACUUAAAGGAUCCUCAUGCGCACAAGAGCUCCGUCACCAGCUGCCUGUACAACCUGGGGAAGCUGCUGCAUGAGCAGGGCCAGCAUGAGGAGGCUCUGUCUUUUUAUAAAGAAGCGGUGCAGAAAAUGCCGCGCCAGUUUGCACCACACAGCCUUUUCAACAUGAUCGGAGAGGCUUACAUGAGGCUGAACCGGCUGGAGGAAGCAGGCCACUGGUACAGAGAGUCCCUCAGAGCGAAGCCUGACCACAUCCCGGCUCACCUCACUUAUGGAAAACUCCUGUCCAUCACCGGGCAGAGAACAGAAGCAGAGAAAUACUAUCUGAGAGCAGUUCAACUGGACCCGUCGAAAGGAAACUGCUACAUGCACUACGGCCAGUUCCUGUUGGAGCAGAAUCGUCUGGGCGAAGCUGCAGAGAUGGCGGAGAGAGCCGCGGAGCUGGACUCAUCCGAGUUUGACGUGGUUUUCAGCGCGGCGCACAUGCUCAGACAGGCCAACCUGAACGAGGCAGCGGAGAGGCAGUACGAGCGAGCAGCCAGCCUCAGACCAGAUAAUCCAGCUGCUUUGAUGAACCUCGGCGCCAUCCUCCACUUGAACGGGAAACUGUCCGAAGCGGAGGCGAACUACCUGCGCGCUCUCCAGCUCAAACCGGACGACGCCAUCACGCAGUCCAACCUGCGGAAGCUGUGGAACAUCAUGGAGAGGCAGGGAGUGCGGACUCAGCCGGGGAUGCAGAAAGUCGACCUUUGAGAGAGCGGAGAAGGAAAAAGGAAGAGCUGGAACCCAAAAUCUCCUCUGUGUGAAAGACACUUUAGAUACUUUUUGGUCUAUGAACCCGGUUCUGCCUGACACCACCAGUGCAAUAUUAUGGCUCAGACUACUAAAAUAAAAAACAAACUGCAAGAAAUUCAUACUUUACUAUUUGACUGCAAUCAACUUUGCAGAAAAAGUUUAUGUUUUAUUGGUCAAGAUGGUUUGAUUUAAAGAUGCAGAAGGUUUU